CCGCCGCCCCGCUUUCCUCUCCUCCUCCCUCUCCCUUCGCUGCGAUCGCCAUCGCCGCCCACCGCCCGCCACCGCAGCAACCAAAUCCGCCUCCUCCUUUCCACCGCCGCCGAAAGCGGCAGCCCAGACCGGUAGUGGUGCUACCAGCUCCCUUGCCACCGCACGCGCGGGAGGACUCGGAUGCAUACGUGCAGGAGGAGGAGUGCAUCGGUUUCACGCUUACGCCACUGAUUUGACCCGGCGGCCGACCGCUUCCUGCUCUGGCUUUUUCUCCUCCUCCUCCUCCCUCCCUCCCUCCUCGCGCCGCCCGCCCCCUCCUGAGAUGGCCUGAUCGCGUCGUCAGCGAGACAGCAAGGGGAUUUCCGGCGGCUUUUUUCUCUUCCGCUCCUUGCAACUCUUCCCCGAUCUCGCCUCGCUUGCUCCUGCUCUGCCUGCCGGUAAAUAAGGUUUGUGCUGGAGGCUGAAAGAGUGCAUGCCAUGGCCCUUAAUACAAAACAAGUUGCCCUGUGUUUGAAGAAAGUUUUGAAGUCCUCCAUUAAAAAUGGCUAUAGAUGUCUUUUGGAACAUCCAAUCCUUUUGACAUUGGGUGUUUUGCUCUAUUUAUUGUACAGAUCUUCACCAGGGUUAUUUACUUUCCUGCUUUCUUCUUCUCCUGUAAUUAUAUGCACUACUCUUCUUCUUGGAAUCCUACUUAGCUAUGGGGACACGAACCUGUCUGAGAGUGAUGAAGAUAACCAGACCUCUCCAGAGAUUUCAUCCUGUAAGGUUGGAAAACCUUCCAGUGAUUUUCACUUUGAAGCAAGCCAGAGAUUACCGGUGCCUGAAUUGAGGGAAAAUACAGUUGGCUCCAAAGAGAGGGAAAAUACAGUUGGCUCCAAAGAGAGGGAACCUAAACAGAUGGUUUGUAUCAGCGAGAGGGCUAGUGAGCAUAUUGAGUUGGAUGAUAAUGUACCCCUUCUGAGAAGGGUUGAGCAUGAAUAUAAUAGAUUUGAUCAGCACGAAAUACCUGCAGCAUUAACACCAUUCCCGUCUAUGGUCAAUUUUCAUCAAGGUGCUGUGGUUGGAAAGGACUUGAGCUCUAAUCAGGACGUCUACUCCAAAGACUUGUUAUCCAUUAAGGAUAAGGCUGAUGGCCACACUAGCCUUUUUAAAGGUGUUCUGAGUGGUCUGGAUGAGAAAGAUGCAUCCUUUGGCAUUUUCUCGACCAGUAAGGAUAUUAAUGGACAUGGUAAAUUGGAGGAAAAUUUGGAUCAAGAAAUAGCAUUAACAGAUUCAUCAACUAGCAGAAUGAGAGAUAUUUCUGAAGAGAAGCCAACUGAAGGGGAAGCUGGAACCAGCACAACAGCUUGUGCCAUUUCCGUGCAUCAGAGAGAAACACUUGAGGAACUUAGGAUUAAUACCAAGGAUUUUGAGGACCAUCUACUCGAUUCCUCUCUUGGCUCACCAUGGGCGAGAGUUGGUAGUGAAGAUGGAGUUGGUAGUGAGGAUGGUUCAUCUGGUUUUGACUCUGAUCAGGCUGAGAGUUCUUCUCCUGAUGCUUCAAUGACUGACAUUGCUCCAAUUCUUGAUGAGAUUGACCCGCUCUUGGGUGCCAGUUCUACUCGUCCUGAUACAAUUUCAAAGGAUGAUUCUGACACUGAUUCACAUGUUUCGUCACAGGAUCAUCAAACUGAUGAUGAUAGUAAUGAUGAAACUGACAACAACGAUGCUAAAGACAAUGACGAGGAAAAGAAGAAAGAAGGAAAGGAAGCGGCAUUUAUUUGGACAGCAGAUGAUGAAAAGAAUCUGAUGGAUCUUGGAUAUUCUGAAAUGGAAAGGAACCGCAGGUUGGAGCUUUUGAUGGCCAGGCGAAGAUCCAGGAAGAACAUAAGAUUUGAAAUUGACAAUAACUUGAUGGAUAUUGAUAAUAAUGAUGGUGGGAGGAGUAUUGAUGGCCUGUCUCGCUUCCGUGUACAAGUUCCUCAUAUUUUAGUUCCAAGGAGGAAUCCGUUUGAUCUUCCCUAUGAUUCAGAAGAAGCCACAAUUCCUGGCUCGGCACCCUCAGUUCUGCAUACAAGGAAAAACCCAUUCGAUCUUCCGCUUGACCAGUCCAAUGACGGUGAUGUUUCUGCAGAUAAUAAUGUAACUUCUGGAGAACCAGUGAAAGCUUCUCUCCGUGACAUGUUUUUCCGAAGGCACGAUAGCUUCAACAUUGGAAGAACAGAUGCUACCCAGGAGAGAUUUUCUAGAUUCAAGCCGUAUUUUGUCCCUGAGACAGUGGAAGGGCGCACAAGUAAUUUCCAAAGACAGUUUAGUGAUAGAAGUGAGUCUAAAUUGAGUUCUAUUACUGAAUCUGAUAUGGCCUCUUCAGCAGCCGAUCAGGAGGACCACAAGGACCUAGAUGAAAAAGACUUGCCCAAGGAGUAUGAGUCUCCAGCUCUGCAGAGGCAGGAUAGUGACCUUGCAGAUGUUGAAAGUGAAUGCUCAGAUGGUAUCAACUCUGUGGAUGUUGAAUUAGACAACAGUGACAUUGAUGACCGUGAGAUUGCUCUACAACACUUUGUCUUUGAAAGAUCACAGGAAAGAGAAGCAUAUCUUGCCUCAACAAAAGGAAAGGGUCCUGAAGAAGAUUACCUGCUCAAGUCAGUUGGGAACUCCAACACACUUCAUCCGGUAGCCGACCUGCUUAUCUGGGAAGAUGGAGAUGGUGAAAGCAGCCAUGGUGCUAACUCUUCUCAUAACACAGUUGGAUUCUCAGACUGGGUUUCACCCCCCAGGCCAACAGGGCAUGAUUCAGGAUCACAGAACCUUCAUGAGUUUCUUGACACUGAAGUUGCAUCAAGUUCAAACACAGCCAUUCUACGCGCAAGAAAUCCAUCUGAAAAUAAUGGAAAUGAUGAUUUCAUAUCCUAUUCAAACAAUGAAAUGACUUCAGAUAACCUGGUUCAUGGGUCCAUGGAGUUGCCACCUGAAUUUUGUAAUGAAACGCUGCCAGUAAUAUCUAGGGACCUGCACCCUAUUCCUGAAGAGAGGGUUGUCGAGAACUUCAGUGUGCAAGAAAAGCAUGAAGCAGUAAUCUUUACUGAUUCAGAUGCUGCCUUGACUGGGUUUCAUGUAAUUGAGGAACACUUUGAAGUUGGAUGUGAAGUAAGCCCAAGCUCUGAAGUUGUUCCAUCAUGCCUUCCAAGUGAUUCCAUCCAAUCUCCAUUACUUGAGACUAAAGAGAUAUCAAAUCCAUUUAUUUCCAUGGCUUCUGAACCCAACAAUAUGGAUAUGGUUAAUUUGAAGGAAGAAAUAACUGCAGGAUAUCCACUUGAUUCUGAUGAUGACGCUGAUAAAAUCUAUCCUGAGCCCAUGGAGGACAAUGUAAUUGAUGAAAGUUUCCUGUCAGAACUGGAUGUGGUAGGAGAUUUCCGUGUAGAAGCAACAAGAUCAGACCAGCAGGUGCCUGAUCUUGACUCCCACGUUGAUGCCAAUGGUGUUGCAGAAAGCUCCUUGAUUAGUCCUCAGACUUCAAGUGACACAUUUUCAACCAUGAAAUAUGCAUUGGAUGAUGACCUAAAUGGCACCAGUCCUGAAUUUAGUUGGUCAUUAGGAGCACCUCAUGAUGACCCUGAGCAGACUGUCUACAACCCUAGGCGACGGAUUCUUGGUGCAAGUCCUUUUGAAGAAACUAACACAGAGAUAAAGCCACCAUUUGAUGAGAGAGAAGCAUCUUUAGUCAGUGUACCGAUAGAAGCACACUUGGCAGUUGGAUCUAGUCAGGUGGAUGCUGCUAGAAAUGAGCCUGAGUUAACUAAAACGGAUACAGAGAUGGUUAUUCUUGAGGCCAAAUCUCUAGAGGAUAUAGAGACAGCCUUUAAACAAGCAAGUGAUGGUCUUGCUGAGUCCACUGUGGACACCAAAACCCCGCAGGUCUCAGUUGUUAAUAUUGACCCAGAGUCCAUAGAGAGUUCUAAACAAUUGGAUGUCAUUGAUGCAAAAUCCGUUGACGACAUAUAUGUUGCUUCGAAGGAGCACUCGAGUCUUGCUGUCAAUAGUUCCUUUGAAGAAAACAAAGGCAAGGAAUGUGGUGAUACUGUAAAAUUCACCUCGAAUGAUGAGCUUCUAGAAGGAACACAUAUUGAAGGUAACACAGUUGGAGAUGGUACAGAGCCUGAACCAAUGGGGACUUCCAGCAACAUGGACACUAUUGAGGCGGAAACCAUUCAUGACAUUGACGCAGUGUUCAAGAAGCUCUCUGAUGGCAGUGCCAAGAGUAUUAUCCAGGCAGUGGAGUCCGAAAAUACUUGUGAGGGGAGUGAUGACAGUGAACAGCACUGAAUGAUGCCACAGAAAUUCUAGGAAGGAAAGAAGGAUGUCAUCGGAGGACAUGUUACCAAAUGAGGGCAUAUCUUUCAUCAUUUAAAGGUGAAGAAGCUAAUUGUGGCUUUGUGGGUUACUCCUUUGAGCUCCAGGGGUCUUCCCUAUAAUUUCGUUUCCGCAAAAAUACGAAGUUUUGCUGUAGAUUUGUGGAUGCAUUUUUUUCCCCCAUGUUUGUGGUUUUGAUGGUUUGGUAUUGAAUUUAUUUUUUUGUCUUUUUAGUUUUGCCAUCUUUGGCUUUAGUAGCAAGAGCUGUAUCUUUUUCCCUGGCGGUAUGGUGUGGUGACAAACAGAUAGAACAACCGAUUCUGUGAUGUAAUGUAGAUUUCUACUAGUACCAUCUGAUGGAACUGAGAUCCUUUGAUGUAAAGGAGAGCUGGUGCGGUUGAACAUUAGAGAGAAAUGUUUGCUUUCAAUGUGUACUCGAGGAGCUGGUUUUGCUGCUGUGAUAGAAGAUCAAAACAUUACAGUUUGUCAUAUUUUUGCGUUGUGUGCAUGAUUU